UCAACAUGACAUAUCGCAAAUUUGAAACAUUUAGUUCCGCCUAUAUUAAGACCGAAGACUGUAAGUAAUAAGAUGACUGCAAGAACGCAAAAAAUGGAAGGUGAGAAAGGAGCUGCAGAUCAUCCUGAGACCAGGGACACCUACAAAAUUGCUUAUACAAUCCAUUUUCUGCUUGGUGCUGGUAAUUUGCUUCCAUGGAACGCUUUUAUCACAGCUAUUGAUUACUUUGGCUAUCUCUAUCCAACCAAGCACAUUGAGAAGGUCUUUUCUGUAGCUUACAUGAGCUCUUCUGUUCUGGUUCUACUAAUAGUCGUGAGUUGGGGUGGCUGGAGCAAGCAGCUAAGUUACAGAUUAAGAAUGAACAUGGGAUUUUGCAUUUUUGUACUCUCUCUAAUGGUGGCUCCACUAAUAGACUGGUCUUCGAGUGGCAGUGGGCCAGAAGGGAGAUCAAAUGGUGCCUAUGGUGUGACAGUUGCAUCAGUCGUGGUUUGUGGUAUAGCUGAUGGAUUGAUAGGAGGAAGUUUGAUAGGAGCAGCUGGAAAGCUUCCAAAACAGUACAUGCAGGCUGUUUUUGCGGGAACUGCCUCUUCAGGUGUUCUCAUUUCCAUCUUGAGAAUCAUUACAAAGGCAUCACUCCCUCAGAACCCUCAACGUCUCCGAACAAGUGCUCACUUCUACUUUAUAGUUAGCGCCAUCAUUCUACUGUGUUGCGCUCUCUCUUCCAAUUUGUUAUACAAACUACCAGUUAUGGAAGAGCAUUACAAACUUGCUCCUGAUGAUUCACUGUUUCCAAAACCAAAAUUUUGGGCUGUAGCAAGAAAAAUCCGAUGGCCAGCUUUUGGUGUUCUCAUGAUUUAUAUCGUGACUUUGUCGAUAUUUCCUGGUUUCAUAGCAGAAGAUCUCUCGUCCAAGUUACUAAAAGAUUGGUAUCCCGUUUUGCUAAUAACAAUAUACAAUGUUGCAGACUUCACAGGGAAAUCUUUAACAGCAAUAUAUGUUCUGAAGAGCAUUAAGAAGGCAACAUGGGGUUGCAUUCUCAGGCUUGUGUUCUAUCCUCUCUUUGCAGCUUGUCUCGAAGGACCCAAGUGGCUGAAAACUGAAGUACCCGUGGCAAUUCUAACUUUUAUGCUCGGAGUGACUAACGGCUAUCUGACAAGUGUUCUCAUGAUCCUUGCUCCCAUGGCAGUAUCAGUUUCAGAAGCAGAGUUAUCUGCAAUUGCAAUGGUUGUGUUCCUCGGAAUAGGGCUGGUUGGUGGAUCAGUUAUUGGCUGGUUUUGGAUCGUUUGAGCUUUUUUUUCGGUCUCUCAAGCUAGUUGGGAACAGAUUACAUUCACAAGUAAAAUUCAAGAACAAAGGUAACUGGAGGUUAGCACUAGGAAUAAUCGAUGGCAAUUCCCAUUGCAUGAUAUGAAUUUUAGAGCUAUCAAUCUUUAGUUUCCCAAUCAACUGCUAAUUUAUUGUUCUGAGUGAAAGUAUCCUUAUCCUUCGUGUAUUGAAGAAGAUUAGAUUACUCUUCUUACCCUUUCUAAAGCACAGGUUUAACUCUCCAAA